AUGUUGUCUGAUUUACUUGAUGAUGAUCUUUUAUCAAGACCGAUGACAUUACCAACAUCAACGAAAUCUAUGGUUAAUAUGACUAAUACUGUACACACUAGUAAACGUUGCAAAUACGAUCAAAAAUAUUCAUCAAUGGUAAAGGCAAGUCGAAGUACGAUGCGUCAACGAAUUUUUACUACAACUCCAGACAGUAGUAAUAGUGGUAGUGGCUCAGUUGUAUUAAUGCAACCUAAACUAGAACCACAACCGGUUGUCUUUGAUCAACAACAGCAGCAACAACAACAACAGUCAAAAAUGGUACCUAUAGUUUCUCGUUAUGAUUCUCAACAACAGUGUUCAACAAAUGGUAGUGCAUAUACUUGUUCAAAUUGUACACAACCUAUUCAUGAACGUUAUUUAUUAUAUACACAAGAUCGUUUAUGUCGUGGAAAUUAUUGGCAUAUGCAAUGUUUACGUUGUCAAUGUUGUGAUGCUGUUUUAGCUGAUAUAUCUUCAACAUUUUAUACCAAAGAUAAUGCCCUACUUUGCAAGUCUGAUUAUAUUAAAAGAUAUGGUAGUCGUCCAUGUUCAUUAUGUAGUCAAGUUAUUGGACCAAAUGAACAAGUUAUGCGUGUUAGUCCAAAUUAUGUUUAUCAUCUUCAUUGUUUUACUUGUAUUAAAUGUCAUGCACGUUUAGUUAAAGGUGAUCGUUAUGUUUUUUUUAAUGGACAGUUAUAUUGCGAAAAAGAUAAUCCACUUAAAUCAACAACAAAUACAAGUAACAGUCCAGCAUCAAAACGUGGUACUAAUACUAGUAAACGUGGUGCAAAAGCAGCUAAUGCUGCUGCAUCACGUGCUGCUGCAGCGGCUGCUGCUGCUCAAGUUCAACAACAAACAUUCGCAACACCAUCACCACAAAUACAUCAUCAAUAUCAUCCUUCAACACAUACGGGACACUUGACACUAUUAAAUAAUCAUCAUAUACAUUCGUCAACAUCAUCAUCAUCAACAACAAAUACAAUAACACAGUCGUUGCUCAAUAAUAAUAAUAAUACGAAUAGCAACGGUUCAUCAUCAUUGGCAACGCCAAGUGGUGAUGAACUAUAUUAG